CUGCUCUGGAGAUACCUUUCCAAAGUUGUCCUAGCGCUGACUACACAGCUGUGACGUCAUGCGCAGACCCCCGUCUGCAAAGUGUGUCUGCGCUGAUCCCCGUGAACACCCCCCCCCCCUUCACAAAGCUGCGCGGCUGUGAGCCUCUGAAGCCCGUAGCUGCGUGACCUGGUGACGUUUUUUCCGGCUGAGUUCACGCAGUUGGUAACGUUGUGCAGAUUUGCGUGGAAUGAUGGCCGUGCACUCACCCAGCGGAUCCGGGAAUAGUACCGCAUUUAAACAAACCGAGUAAGACGCUACUGCUGCUGUCUGUAAGUUACGCGCCUGAAAAAGGAACAAUAAACUGCAACGAUCUUUUUAUGCAAACAUACCAGAAAGAAACACAAAUGCGUCGCGUCUGAGUUUUGAAGACAUUAGUUGCGGCUAUUAAGCAGAACCCUGUUUGCCAUGGACAGUGUGAAGAUGGAAUCCAUCCCCAUUAAAGAGGAGCUCCCUAAACUGGAAGUGGUCCCCAUUAGACUGGAGUACUCUGGACUGGCUUCCCUCCCCAUUAAACAGGAGCUCUGUGAGAUGCCAUGUGACAGGAUCAAGCCAGAGGUGUCUGCUGGGGUUAAAACUGAGUGCAGUGAAGUGGAGAUCCCUCAGACAGCAGAACCAGUUCCCAUGAAAGAAGAGGUGCUGGAAGUGAUUAAUCUGGAUCUCCUGAAAGUGGAGUUUGAGUGCUUGAGACCAGGGAGGGAAGAAUACGAGGACUUCAAACCAGCCCCCCCUGAGCCCCUCCCUGAGCUGGGCCCUGUACGCUUGCAGAAGUGUGGCGUGGUGCUGGAGAGAAUCGGUGCGAGAGAUCGAGGCGUUGGAGAGGAAGGCUUUCCCAGCCGCACGCAAGGAAGGGGAAUGGAAGAUGAGAGCUCAGAGUCAGAGUGCAGUCCAGCAGGAGAGCUGCUGCCAUGGAGGGAAGAAUCUGAGGACUUUAAACCAGUCCCCCCUGAGCUGGGUCCUGUACGCAUGCGGGAGUGUAGCGUGGUGCUGGAGAGAAUCUGUGUGAGAGAGCAAGGCGCUGGAGAGGAAGGCUCUCCCAACAGCACGCAAGGAGGCGGAAAGGAAGACGAGAGCUCAGAUUCAGAGUGCAGUCCAGCAGGUUCCAGUUCAGCAGCUAAAGCGAGGGCGGGCGGUGAACAUUCUGACUGUGGGAAUGAUGUCACCCAGUUAGGGAAUUUUAAAACACACCAGCGAACUCGCAGCGAACAGAAACUGUAUCACUGUUCUGACUGUGGAAAGAGUUUCAGGGACUCUGCACACUUUAAAAGACACCAGCGAAUUCACACAGGAGAGAAACCGUAUCGCUGCUCUGACUGUGGGAAGAGUUUCAAUGACUUGGGAAACCUUAAAAGACACCAGCAAAUUCAUACAGGAGAGAAACCAUAUAGCUGCUCUGACUGUGGGCAGUGUUUCAAUGACUCAGGAAACCUUGUUUUACACCAGCGAAUUCACACAGGAGAGAAACCGUAUCGCUGCUCUGACUGUGGGAAGAGUUUCAGAUUGUCAGGGCACCUUGUAAGACACCAGCGAGUUCACACAGGAGAGAAACCGUAUCGUUGCUCCGACUGUGGGAAAAGUUUCAGUUUGUCAGGAAACCUCGUUUUACACCAGCGAAUUCACACAGGAGAGAAACCGCAUCACUGCUCUGACUGUGGGAAGAAUUUCAGGAGGUUGGGAGACCUUGUAAUACACCAGCGAAUUCACACAGGAGAAAAACCGUAUAACUGCUCAGACUGUGGGAAGAGUUUCAGUUUGUCAGGAAACCUUGUAACUCACCAGAGAGUUCACACAGGAGAGAAACCGUAUCGCUGCUCUGACUGUGGGCAAAGUUUCAGUCACUUGGGAAACCUUCAAACACACCAGCGUAUUCACACAGGAGAAAAACCGUAUUACUGCUUUGACUGUGGGAAGAGUUUCAGUCUGUCACGAACCCUUGUAAGACACCAGCAAAUUCACAUGAGAAAAAACCAAAAAAAGACUGCAUAAAAAACCUUUUGUGCGUUUUACUCAGAAGAGCCAGCUUCCCAAUGUUUCAGUGCAGCAGCUUGCUAACUUAAUGAACUGUAUCUUGUAUUUGCUCUGAUAAGGACUGACAUUAUUGGAUAUUAUACAGUAAAACCUGCAUGAGCAACUACCUCAGAAGAGAGACAGCCUGUCAUGAGCGACUCCUUGCAGAGGACAUGGAACCCAACAAUGAGGACUACUGCUUUGAGAGUUUAACCCAACAAUGAGGACUACUGCUUUGAGAGUUUAACCCUACAAUGAGGACUACUGCUUUGAGAGUUUAACCCAACAAUGAGGACUACUGCUUUGAGAGUUUAACCCUACAAUGAGGACUACUGCUUUGAGAGUUUAACCCUACAAUGAGGAGCACUGCUUUGAGAGUUUAACCCUACAAUGAGGACUACUGCUUUGAGAGUUUAACCCAACAAUGAGGACUACUGCUUUGAGAGUUUAACCCUACAAUGAGGACUACUGCUUUGAGAGUUUAACCCUACAAUGAGGAGCACUGCUUUGAGAGUUUAACCCUACAAUGAGGACUACUGCUUUGAGAGUUUAACCCUACAAUGAGGACUACUGCUUUGAGAGUUUAACCCAACAAUGAGGACUACUGCUUUGAGAGUUUAACCCUACAAUGAGGAGCACUGCUUUGAGAGUUUAACCCUACAAUGAGGACUACUGCUUUGAGAGUUUAACCCUACAAUGAGGACUACUGCUUUGAGAGUUUAACCCAACAAUGAGGACUACUGCUUUGAGAGUUUAACCCUACAAUGAGGACUACUGCUUUGAGAGUUUAACCCUACAAUGAGGAGCACUGCUUUGAGAGUUUAACCCAACAAUGAGGACUACUGCUUUGAGAGUUUAACCCAACAAUGAGGACUACUGCUUUGAGAGUUUAACCCUACAAUGAGGAGCACUGCUUUGAGAGUUUAACUCUACAAUGAGGAGCACUGCUUUGAGAGUUUAACCCUACAAUGAGGAGUACUGCUUUGAGAGUUUAACCCAACAAUGAGGACUACUGCUUUGAGAGUUUAACCCUACAAUGAGGACUACUGCUUUGAGAGUUUAACCCAACAAUGAGGACUACUGCUUUGAGAGUUUAACCCAACAAUGAGGACUACUGCUUUGAGAGUUUAACCCUACAAUGAGGACUACUGCUUUGAGAGUUUAACCCAACAAUGAGGACUACUGCUUUGAGAGUUUAACCCAACAAUGAGGACUACUGCUUUGAGAGUUUAACCCAACAAUGAGGACUACUGCUUUGAGAGUUUAACCCUACAAUGAGGACUACUGCUUUGAGAGUUUAACCCUACAAUGAGGACUACUGCUUUGAGAGUUUAACCCAAUCCCCCCCAAAGCUUAUCUCUGAAAAUUCCCCAAAUUGGUGCCAGUGACAAUAAUAAUUUACCAGAGUUCCACCUGAACCGUUUAUUUUCUUAAUUUUAUAUAUAUAUAUAUAUAUAUAUAUAUAUAUAUAUAUAUAUAUAUAUAUAUAUAUAUAUAUAUAUAUUAUUAGUCACCCCAUUUUCUCACCACCAUUUUUCAUUAAAUAAUUCUGACCAAUUUAAAAUAAGUCACCUGGAAAUCAGAACCUGUACCUGUAAUUGAACCGUGUGGAGCGACCGCUUGCCAUCUGGACGAGCGACCUACGCUUCCUUACUCCCAGUGAGAAACGCGUAUGCCUGUCUUUGCUCUUCUGUUUUGUUGUUUGCCUGGCAGUUAUUUUUCAUUUUGCAAUUUGUUUUAAAAUCGCUUACACUAACACCAAUGUAGCUCUCUCGUUUUCUGUUUUGCAGUUUGUUUAAAUCUCUUUACACACAGACUAAUGCAGAUGUGUUUGUUUUUGUGUUCCUCUGUAUUUUACAUUUUGUAAUUUGAGUGAAAUAAUUUACUCAAAUGGUGAAAAAAACAUUUCAUUUUGGCCUUUUCAAAUUUGGUUGGUCCAAAAAAAGGCUUUUGUGCACUCCAGUGUUUAAAUUCAAUAGCCAGGUGCUGCCAAUACAGGGCAAUGCAGGAAAUAUAAAGUCUGUAUGGGCUCACAAUUGCUUCUUGUAGUUUUGCUGAAGUCUGUCGAAAUAGGUUGCACUCUGAAACAUUGGACAAGACAACUAUAAUUCAAUUUAAAAAGAUUUCUCUUCAAGUUUAUUUAAUUUAAAAGCAAACAAACGCCAGCAAACAGCACGUUUUGACAUCGAACCUGAUGAAGACAUGCUGCCUAAACUCGUUGCUGGAUGGAAUUUGAAGAGAAAAGGAGUUUUAUUUUUUAUAAUUAUAGUGGUCUUUCCAAUGUGUGAGUGCAACCUAUCUUGAUGGACUUGAGUAAAAUUAGAAGCAGUUGUGAGUCCAUACAGACUAUAUUUUUCCUGAACCUUUUUUACAUUUUGUUUGUUUUUCUGUCCUUUUUUUAAAAAUGUUUUUUAAUCUUUUUGGAAUAAAUGCUAAUUUGUUACCUAACCCCCCCCCCCCCCCCCCCCUCUCCCCACGGAUUGUAUUUACUGGUAACAUUUUAUAAUAAACAUUAAAAUGCGAUACUUUGGAACUAUGGAAACGAGUGAACAAACGCGGCUCCAGUCAAAAGCUGUGCAGCCUCCUUGGUUUCAUCUAUUGCUUGGGGUGUUGUUUUUUUUUACUAAAGACCUUUCUAUGGGCAGUAGCCUUCUCAUUUCAAACUAUAGUAGUAUCACCGCUAUACUAUCUGUGCAACUCUGCUAAGGAACUACAAAUAAGUAGGCUUCCGAUUUCAGAUUUGUGAAGUGAGUGUGGUUGUUAAACCGAUGCAGCUGGAGGGGCCGCCCCUCGGAUCUCUGACACUUUUGGCCCGCAGGACAUGUAAUGGGGAAUGCUGAUAGAGUUUUUAUAAACUGUUUUUUUUUUUUUUUUUUUUUUAAGCAGACGCUCUUAUCCAGGGCGACUUAAAAUUAUUACAAGAUAUCACAUUAUUUUUACAUACAAUUACCCAUUUAUACAGUUGGGUUUUUACUGGAGCAAUCUAGGCAAAGUACCUUGCUCAGGGGUACAGCAGCAGUGUCCCCCACCUGGGAUUGAACCCACGACCCUCCGGUCCAGAGUCCAGAGCCCUAACCACUACUCCACACUGCUGCCCUGUUAUUGAUGUUACCUUAUUAUAAAGUCUUGCCUUUUUAAACUAAUUUUAAGUGAUAUAUUAUUUUAACAGACUGCGUUAUGGUUUCACGUCUCUGGUUUUGCUGUUGACUCUACAUUUUAAUGAACCUAAUGAAAUGGUUUAAUGGAGGGGGGGGGGGGGUCGGUCUCUAUGCCUUUUCAGUCUGCAGUUUGUGUUUUUUUUGUUCUCCUGUAAAGCUAUGCUGAAUUCAAAUGGCAAUUCAAAUUAAACAUUUUUUUUUUAAAACAA